CAAUUCACAUAUAUAAUUUCACCAUUUUCAUAUUGUUAUUCAAGAAAAUCAUCAAAAUCAAGACCAAAUCUUUCAACAAUAUCAAACUUAUCUUCCCUUAACCAAAGAACAUUUGUGUUAGCUUUUCUUGAAAAAACACACACACACACACAUACACACACUUGUUUAAUUUAAGAAUGAACCUAGAAGUAACCCCUACCAAAAGUGAUGAAACUGAAAUUGAUACCCCACCACACACACACACUACUCAACCCUAUAAAUUUUCUUCCUUCACCAGAGGCGCACUCAAGAACCACCACCACCAGCCACCGCCUCCGGCGGCGGCGGCGGUGUACAAAGAAUGCAUGAAGAACCAUGCAGCCGCCUUAGGUGGCCACGCGGUGGACGGCUGCUGCGAGUACAUGCCACACACCACGAGCUCCGCCACUUCAAUAACCGACCCCACCCUGCUAAAAUGCGCCGCGUGCGGCUGCCACCGCAACUUCCACCGCCGCCAGCCUGACUUUAGUACCGCCGCCGCCGCCGUCAUAGCCCCGCCUUUUCUUGAUUUCCGCCUCCCUGCCGCCGCCCAACCACAUCCCAAACGAAUUUCUCAUUCAACCUCUCCAGAAUCGCCUCACGCAGCACCACCACCCCACCACAAGCUGCAGCUGGCACUCAGCACGGCGGUGGUAGUGGCGGCGGACGAACACCACCACCACCAGGAGCCGGUGACGCCGACGGCGGAGAACCCAUCUGGCAGAAAGCGGUCCAGAACAAAGUUCAGCCGAGAACAGAAGGAGAAAUUGCAUUCAUUCUCGGAAAAGCUCGGGUGGAAAAUACAAAAGUCCGACGAAGCGGCGGCGGAGGAAUUCUGCCGCGAAGCCGGAGUCGCGAAAUCGGUACUCAGGGUAUGGAUGCACAACCACAGGAACGUGUCCGGGAAGAAAGAUAGAGAUAUAAUCAUCAUCAACAACAACGGCGGCAAAUUGAUUAACAGUAGCUCCGAGAACAACAACAAUGGCGGCAAUAGCAGCAGCGAAAAUGAAGAAAUUAGAAAUAUAAAUAAAUGGCAGUCGUUUUCAGAAUAAGAGUGCCGGUACUACUAAAACUUCAUUAUCAUGCUUCUAAUAAUGUUUCUUCCUCUUUCAACCUAAUCUACUCAAAUUAAUUCCUUUUU